AUGUUUUACCCACAUAACUAUAGUAACGUUAAUGUUUCUAUAAUGCCCGUACUGCCUGGGAUCUCAGCAUUUGAUAGAAUGCCGGAUGAAGAAAAUGUUGAGAUAAACCCGGAAAGAAAGUACCAGACGCUACUGCCGGUUCUAACUAAUUCUCAUGUGGUAGAGAAUGAACUGAAACACAAAUUAAAUAAGACUGCUUUUGAUUUUCGAUACCAAACUAAAUCAGGGGAAGGCUCUGAAAAGUGGGAGCCCAAAUACUUGAUAACACCGAAUUUACAAACGAGAAGCGUCUCCUUUGAUAGUUCAUCAGUACAAUAUAAUUCAGAUUCAUCCGAAAAAAGCUCGCUAUCCCAACUAAAUUGUAAUUCAUCACUAAUACGACAACCUGAAAACGGAGUAAUUCCCAAUGAUGUAUAUAAUAAGAUGGCAAAUAGUAGGUACUCUUUGAAAACGCGAAAGCAAAGGACGGAUCCAAGAAACACAUUAUCAGAUGAAGAAGACCUUGAGCAAAGGCGAAAAUACAUUUGCAAAAUCUGCGCAAGGGGAUUUACUACAUCAGGUCAUUUGGCAAGGCAUAAUAGAAUUCAUACGGGCGAAAAAAAUCAUUGUUGUCCGUACAAAGGUUGCACGCAGCGAUUCAGUCGACAUGAUAAUUGCUUACAGCACUACAGAACGCAUUUGAAAAAGGGACAAUAA